CUUCUUUUGGUCUUCUUUCUUCCUCAAACCAAGAGUCAUGUUGUCGCAUCGAGAAGGCGAAAAUGACGGGCCAAGAUACUCUUUCUGGAGGCAUAAACUUAUCCCUAUAAUUCGUGUGCUCAUGCUGCUACUCGCGACCAUAUUCAUUCUGCUGUCACUUUGGCUCGAAACGAGUGGCCAUUAUGAUUCAUCUUCGUCUUUUAUCAACGAGAUUGCCAUGUACACAGUAAAAAUCAAUUCGCAUAUGAACCUCAGCGAUAGUCAUGCGGCUGUGCCUGAUACUGUCAGCUUCGGUUUGUGGAAGCAUUGCUUUGGCUAUAUCGACUCCUUUCGGUGCCUUGAUCAAAAUUUAUUUUAUGCCCUGGACGCCAACAAAACACUGUUUGCCGCCAUUGGCAAUUCUACGACAAAGUUAACCGAUGCAACAACUUCGGGUAGUUACGCCAAUGUCGUGAUUGCUCUAUUGACUAGCAUUGUAACUGGAAUCACUUUUUGUUUCUCCCUAUGGGCCAGCCAGCAGAUCUCGAUCAAAUUCAUAUAUAUCUGUGCAGCGAUUAGUCUCAUCAGCUUAGCUCUUGUUACCCUACUAUUUGGAUGGACGUUCCAUGAGUACUCUACACAGAUAUCACAGGCUUGCUACGAGAUUGGAGCAGACAAUUGUAUGGGAUACUCAAUUAAACUGGAGAUCAUAUUCAUGAUAGUGGCCAUGGGAUGUGCAGCCAUCAGCUUCUUUUUCUGGACCUGCGUUCCAGCAUAUGACAUUAAGAGAAAGAGGCAACAAAUAGAGCUCAAUCCGGAAAGAAGGGAAGCUUUGCAGUUGAAGAAGGAGAAAACUAUCAAGAAAAGCUCAUCCGAAAGUGCCAAUAGAAAUUCUGUCACGAAUGAGGGGAUCUACCAAGCAGACUAUGGCGAUGAAUGGUUAAUAGAGGACAAAUCAAGAGCUAGCAACAUCCGUGAUAAUGAAUCCGUACAUACUGCUACAACCGAUGAACCUACUUUUAAACCGCAUAAGACUGGCACGCGAGGCUUAGCACCAAAUCAACGCAGGCCAAGACCACCAGCUCCGGCUAUAAACACCAAUGUUUCUGCUAGACCCCCCUCACCAGAGACGUCAGAAAAGAAAACUUCACCAGAGUACGAGCUUCAGCAACUACGGCAAAACCACAGACGCUAUUCAGAACUAAGGUCAGCAUUUCAACCCAUCAUUGAACGGGCAACUGCCGUCGGUUUACGGCCUCCUCCCGCUACUGCGCAACCCAAACAAUACACUGGGCAAGCCAUGAUGGCUGGUGAUGAUGAUAUUCUUGCUCCUCCGGAAUUACCUUUUGCGCGUGAAAGAAGGCGGAUGAGCCAGGGUUCUGGAAACACAUUUGGACAAGUAUUGGAUUCCGCUGGUGAAUCAUCCCCAGUGUACGACAGACGAGAUAGCCACUUUUCGUAUGAAUUCGACAGUUCAGCACAAUCUAGUCCAGGAAAUUCACCUGCAAGGAAUCGCCGAGAUAGCGCUGGAAGCUAUGGAUUUGGCAGAAGUCAUACCGUGACGCCGCCCAUAGAGGAAAGAGGGUUUUCUUUGACUCCUCAGGCUCAUACUCCAGCACCGGGGUAUCAUCCAUUGAAUAACAAGGCCAUUACCGAUAAUAGAAUUAAUGCAUAUUUAGGUGGCCAGUGAUUUAUAGAAUAUAAUCUACUCUAGUUUUUGUAAAAUAUGUUUAAUACCAGAACAAUAUGUCCAUAAAGCAACAUGCAUAUCAAAAAUUUUAUUCUAUAGA